UACAAACAAACCAGCGGAGUUUACUUCCUCUUUAAGGUCACAUGCACACUGGAUGUUUAUCUCUGAUGCAUGGAGAUGUAGAGUUUUUAGCUGUGGACAGAGGGCACUGGUGCAUGGUCCAGCCCCGCUGCCAACGGCCUGUCAAGCUCUGAGUUGUCAUAUCUGGAGUACAAUGAAAGAUCAGAAGCUUUGGGGGUAUUUAUUUCAAACUACUACAAAGUAAGCAAACUGUGUGGCUAGGUAGUGGACAAAGUUAAUAGAGUUCUAGGGUGUAUCACUAGAAGGCUCAUCAGUAGGAGGAAGAAGGUCCUGAUUCUAGGGUGUAUCACUAAAAGGAUCACUAGCAGGUGGAAGCAGGUCCCGAUUCUAUGGUGUAUCACUAGCAGGUGGAAUUAGGUCCUGAUCCUAGGGUGUAUCACUAGCAGGUGGAAUGAGGUCCUGAUCCUAGGGUGUAUCACUAGCAGGUGGAAUGAGGUACUGAUCCUAGGGUGUAUCACUAGCAGGUGGAAUGAGGUACUGAUUCUAGGGUGUAUCACUAGCAGGUGGAAGGAGGUCAUGAUCCUAGGGUGUAUCACUAGCAGGUGGAAUGAGGUCCUGAUUCUAGGGUGUAUCACUAGCAGGUGGAAUGAGGUCCUGAUCCUAGGGUGUAUCACUAGCAGGUGGAAUGAGGUCCUGAUCCUAGGGUGUAUCACUAGCAGGUGGAAGGAGGUCAUGAUUCUAGGGUGUAUCACUAGCAGGUGGAAGGAGGUCAUGAUUCUAGGGUGUAUCACUAGAAGGCUCACCAGUAGGAGGAAGGAGGUCCUGAUUCUAGGGUGUAUCACUAGAAGGCUCACCAGUAGGAGGAAGGAGGUCCUGAUCCUAGGGUGUAUCACUAGCAGGUGGAAUGAGGUCCUGAUUCUAGGGUGUAUCACUAGAAGGAUCACUAGCAGGUGGAAGCAGGUCCCGAUUCUAUGGUGUAUCACUAGCAGGUGGAAUGAGGUCCUGAUCCUAGGGUGUAUCACUAGCAGGUGGAAUGAGGUACUGAUCCUAGGGUGUAUCACUAGCAGGUGGAAGGAGGUCAUGAUCCUAGGGUGUAUCACUAGCAGGUGGAAUGAGGUCCUGAUCCUAGGGUGUAUCACUAGCAGGUGGAAUGAGGUCCUGAUUCUAGGGUGUAUCACUAGCAGGUGGAAUGAGGUCCUGAUCCUAGGGUGUAUCACUAGCAGGUGGAAGGAGGUCAUGAUUCUAGGGUGUAUCACUAGCAGGUGGAAGGAGGUCAUGAUUCUAGGGUGUAUCACUAGAAGGCUCACCAGUAGGAGGAAGGAGGUCCUGAUUCUAGGGUGUAUCACUAGAAGGCUCACCAGUAGGAGGAAGGAGGUCCUGAUCCUAGGGUGUAUCACUAGCAGGUGGAAUGAGGUCCUGAUUCUAGGGUGUAUCACUAGAAGGAUCACUAGCAGGUGGAAGCAGGUCCCGAUUCUAUGGUGUAUCACUAGCAGGUGGAAUGAGGUCCUGAUCCUAGGGUGUAUCACUAGCAGGUGGAAUGAGGUCCUGAUCCUAGGGUGUAUCACUAGCAGGUGGAAGGAGGUCAUGAUUCUAGGGUGUAUCACUAGAAGGCUCACCAGUAGGAGGUCAUGAUUCUAGGGUGUAUCACUAGAAGGCUCACCAGUAGGAGGAAGGAGGUCCUGAUUCUAGGGUGUAUCACUAGAAGGCUCACCAGUAGGAGGAAGGAGGUCCUGAUUCUAGGGUGUAUCACUAGAAGGCUCACCAGUAGGAGGUCAUGAUUCUAGGGUGUAUCACUAGAAGGCUCACCAGUAGGAGGAAGGAGGUCCUGAUUCUAGGGUGUAUCACUAGAAGGCUCACCAGUAGGAGGAAGGAGGUCCUGAUUCUAGGGUGUAUCACUAGAAGGCUCACCAGUAGGAGGAAGAAGGUCCUGAUUCUAGGGUGUAUCACUAGAAGGAUCACUAGCAGGUGGAAGGAGGUCCUGAUUAAG